AUGGUUAUAGUAGAUGAUGUAGGUGUGGUUGUAGGAGUUAGAGUAGUCGUAGCAGAUGCUCGGGGCGAAGUUGUGGUAGAUGAUCUAAGCGUGAUUGCAGAAUAUGGCGUGGUCUUAGUAGAUGGUCUGGACGUAGUUGUAGUAGAUAACCUAGGUGUUGUUGUUGGAGUUGUGGCUGUGCUAGUAGACGCUGUGAACGUGGUUGUUAUAGAUAAUGGAAGCGUGGUUGUUGAGGAUAAUCUAGGCGUGGUAGUAGAUGCAGGAGUAGUCAUAGUAGACCUAGACGUUGUAGGUGUAGUCGCAGCUGAUUUAGGCGUCGUAGGUGUGAACGAAGUAAACCAUGACAUGGUCGUAGUAGAUGCCCUAGGCGUGGUAGGAGGAAAUGUUGCAGAGUUGUUCGCAACAGGCCUAGAAGUUGUGAAUGUGGUCCCAACAGAUGCUCUAAGCAUGGUUGUAGUAGGUGUUGUAGUAGUUGUAGUAGACGUA